UCCCAGGUCAUUUUUAGCCGGCCCGUUAUCUUUGAGAUCCAGAGUUCGUCACUAAUUUCCAGCAGUCUGAAUCUGCAGAAUUAACAGCCUCGUUCUGGGGGGGGAGGCAGCAUUUUCAGGCACGGUUAUUCCUCUUUUCUAGUCACACUAGCAAAGGCAGCGAGGAGCAAAGCUUUCUGGUAGCACACACUCUUGUCUUUCUGGAGCUGGCUUUGUGCAGGUCACCCUGACACCUCGCAUGGAUGGGGAGCCACAGGGUUUGUGCUGCAUCCCUCAUCCAAAACUCACGGGGCAUUGAAGCUGCACCAUGAAGCUGCUAGUUUCCUUGUUAUUACAGGUGGGUCCCGAAGGGGCGAGGGCAGCAAGAAGGGGAUGAUUUGGCAGAGAUGUUUCUCAGCUCAGCAGGCACGCUUUGUUGCGUGCACGCACAGCACUCCGCUUUGUCCACAGACACCGUCCCUGGCCAUUAAUUUGAUUUAGAUGAGGUUAAAUGAAACGUGCACACCUUGUUUUACUGGACUUCCAUCAAAUUGCUCCACAAUAGCACCACUUAUAGUGCACACAAAUAUGUCUUUCCACUCUCUGAGUGAAAGUAAUUUAUCAACAAGUGGUCCUUGUCCCUGUACCAUGUAAAGUCUUUGUGAAAUACACUUUUUACAGCAGGCUAUGAUUUGUACAACGUUUCUCCAGUUACAAAUAUGCUGUAUUUCUCUUUUAAAUGUUAAGAUACAGAAGAAUGAAAAGGAAGCGUGCAGGUUUGAAUAAUUUUUGAAGGGGAAAGCUAUCUAUUGUGCAGACCCUCCUUGAAAUGAAUAGAUCUGCAUUAAACGUGUUCUUGAACUUGGCGAUGGACUUUGAUUUAAUCCAUUGUAGAGGAUAUUUCACCGGUGUAAGUGAAAUGCACGGAAGGGGAGAGCUGGGCAAUUUUCUCUUCCCUACCACCUUUGUGUUUGUCAGCUGGUGGUGAGGGAAUUGUUCCCUUCCCAUAUGCUGGCGAGGGCGGUCAGUAAUGGGGACGCUCACUGGGGCACGGGAGGCACACUUUCCCACCUGGAGGUUUGGGAUCCACACCUCCUGCUGAAACAUUUCUGCAUUUGCCUGUGUCUGUUCCAUGUGGCUGGCCUGAUCCUGCACAGCCCCUUCCCAGCAUCGUGCCCCUCUACCUGUGGGGCACCACAUGCUGAACCAAGGCACCAAAGCGGGGUGUUCACUGCCCCUGCUUGGAGUCUGGUUUGCUUUAUCCGGAUGAAACUCUGCUUCUUUUUUUCCUUUCUUUUUUUAAUCUUAACUCUUGAGCUGGAAAACAACGCACGGAGAAGAAAGCGCUUUCCAGAGCAUGCUGUAGGCUGUAUGCUUCAGCUGUGCGUCUCCGCAACGGAACAGAUGCUGCGGUUGCACCCCCGAGGAGAUCACGGGCUGGAAGCACGCCCUGUCCUUGCUGCCUGGUUGGCCAGAUGCAGUGGGGCAUGGAAUGAACAGAAAGAGGUUAAAUUGAUGGAUGACCAACAAGAGCAGGAUUGUGCCUCAGAAGACCAAGAAACUAUCCUGAUUAAUGGGGUGAAAGAAAAUGAGCCACGUGCCCCGGAUGGCGAGGAGAGGCUGUGCGGCGAUGCCGCCGUCACCUUCCCAGCCCUGACGGCAGCUCCGAAGGAACCCCAGGCGUGCCACCGCGUGCUGCCACCCCUGCCUUCGAAGAAGCCCUGCUCACUGAGCCCGCCGUCCCCACUGCGGCUCACCGAUGUCCCCGAGCACGCGUCAGACGACUCCUCGGCCCACGCCAUCUCCCUCACAUCCUGCGUGACGAAGGGCAUGAGCUCCUGGUCGCUGCCGGGUGACUGCGAGAAGGCUCCCUUCAGCAUGAUGGAGCCGGGAGGCAUGUCCGCCCUGACCGGGGACUGCCUAAUGCAGCCGAGCCGGACCUGCCUGGGCUGCUUCAUUGAAUCAAAGGACGGCAUUGAUGCAGAGCCGGGCAUAAGCUUGAAAGUGGGGGAUAUAAAUAGGGAUUAUGACACCUGUUCGGUCUCUGAUAUAGGGAUUCACUGCAUGAGCACAGGAGAAACCAUGAGAUAUGGGGAUCAACUGCUUUCAGACCAGCUUUUAAGCUUCCCUAUGCAUAAAUCGAGGGCAGCGGACAAAAGAGAUGCAGAAAAAUCCGACAGUGAUUCAGAGGACCCCACUCAGAAAAAUUAUUACGAGGGAUUACUAUUAGACAAAUGCAAUGGUGAGGAGCCCUUACUAACAAAUCCCAACCAGGAAUGGGGCUAUUUUGAAUCUUUCAUUAGCGAAAGUAAAAUUGAGCUGCUUGACCUCUGCUCCAAAAAUGAGCUUUCUGUAAAUCUGUUUUCUGAGGAAGAUGUGGAUAAUUACAUGUUUGAUGAUGAUGAUUCGACCUUGGGAAGCGACGUCUGCUCCUUAAAGAUCAGAUAUGAGUCUUUCCAGGACAACGUCCGGGAGAAGACCACAGCCCUACAAGAGGACGCCCAGUUCAACUUCUUCCCCAGCGUCUUUGGCAACUGCACCAAAAGGGACAGCAGGAGCACCCUGAAAAGGGGGCCCGGUGGUGCCACCGACCCUUCUCAAUUCAAGUCUGAGGAAGGCAUCAUCUGGGGGGAGGAGGAGGAGGAUGGCGAGGAAGAGGAUGGCGAGGAGGAGGAGAAAGCUGCCUUAAAUAAAUCUUGCAACAGCACGGAAGUGGUGCAGUAUGUGGGCUCCAAAAGGAGCCACUUCUUGGACUCUGUGAAUUCCACAGAGGACUCUGGGGAGUUCAGCGACGACAGCACGUGCACGGAGUCUUCCUUCGAUGUGCUGCGGGAUAUAAAGGACUGCAGCCGGUACCUGUCCCGGGACCACUCCAGCUCCUUCAUCCAGCAGAACUACGGGCUGCGGGCGAAGAGGAAAGUGCGAUACAGCGACGACUACCUGUACGAUGUGGACUCCAUCGAGAAUGAGAAGAUCCUGGAUAAGAAGGAGUGGCUCCCGGACGGGCCCAAGGAGGAGGAUGAUGACGAGUGGUGCCCCAAGAAACGUCGAAAAGUCUCUCGCAAGGAGCCCCCCGUUAUCAUCAAGUACAUCAUCAUUAACAGGUUUAAAGGGGAGAAGCAUAUGCUGGUGAAGCUCAGCAAAGUGGAUGCCAACGAGACAACUGUUACCCUGAACGAGGAGCUGCUCAGCAAAUACGAAAAGCUGGCCCCAUUGAAGGGCUUCUGGCAAGAGAGGCAGCAGAGCCGGCUGGAUUUGCUCAGAUCGUCUCUCUACCACAAGCAGAAUUUCUAUCUUAACGGCUCAGAUGCUUCAUUCCUCCCUCACCCACGGAAGCGAAAAUGCAAGCUAGCAAACAGGCACAGGAUUCAAAGAAUUAAAGCCAUUGAACAGUCAGUGAACAAGCUGGGCUCUUGCUCCUCUGAUCACAAGCAGCCUUGCAGCAGCAAGGAGGAUGCAGGCCUGAAAGGGCUGCAGGCAUUAGCCAUCGCCACCCCCAGCUGUGCGAACGGAUUACAUGUAAAUGACAUCACAGGCAUUGCUGCCGUGAAAUGCAAAUCACAGGAACGGGAAUACAAGGGGACGGAGAGGAAAGUGCUCCGCAGGAUCAAAUUCAAAAGUGAAGCCAGGUUGAAAUGCAAGAAAAUCAAAGCUGCUACCAACAUGACGGAGGGCUGCCCGGCUCUGGAAAACCAGGACUCUGCAGCACGGCUGAAGGACGAAAAUGUUCCAUGUGCUUCAGACAGCUCCCAUCUCCCGGAGUGCCAUGAGGAUAAGAUUGCUAAAAAUUCUGCUUUCCUACCAUCCACCUCCUCUUCAGACAAGCCUCUGCCAUCUGCUAAUAUCACCACCAAUGUACCCCUGAUCCCUGGAGGCUAUCUGCAGACGCUGUUAGAUGCUUCGGAUUUGUCAAGCAGCACCGGCAUCUCGUACUUCACCCAGCACCCCUCUGAGCAGCAGCACCCACUCCCCAGCAUCGUCCCAGCAGACAAGCCGUUCGCCGGCCUGCAGCCAUCGCAGAGCUGCGUGCUGUCCCCGCCGUCCGAGUCUGAGCUGCAGCAGUCCCCCGGCCACCUGGAGAUGGAGCAGAGCAGCUUCGGCAGCAUGUGGCCGGCGAGCAAAGCUGCCGGCAGCAAUCGGCAGGAAUUCGCCGGAGAGCUGCGGGAGGCCGCGGCGCUGUCGGGAGAGUUCAGCAGUGCUGCGGGCACUGAUGGCCUCCCGGCCUCCAGCUACCCUCCAGUCAAUCUGAACAGCAGCAAAUUGCUCUACCAAAAAAAUUAUGUGCCGGAUAGCCAACAAGUGCAGUCUGAUGAUUCUUAUCAGUCGUGUCAUUUUAAUAAUGGAGAGGGGCGCUUUCAUUUCCAGCGAGGUACACUAAGUACAGAUGAUGGCAGACUCAUUAGUUUUGAUUCAGUGGGUUCAUUGUCAGUUAGUUCUAGCAAUUAUAGUUCUUUAAGUUUAAAGUCUUGCGAAAAGGACGGCGAGGAUGAUAUUAAUGACGAUUUCUUGGCCCACUGCAGUCCCAAGCUAGUGAUCCAGCAAAGCAUAGAUGAAAUCACCCCUUUGAAGGAGUCCACGGACCUUUUAGACAUUUCCAACUUCACACCCGAUAAGUUCCGCCAGUCGUCGCUUUCGGAGAUGUCCCCUCCGGACACUCCCAACCUUUCCCCACAGAUAGCCGGCUCCGACACCAAACCCCUGGGCACCCUGAAGGGCUUCCCGGAGAGCACCCAGGCCGCUCUGAGCAGCUCCGAGAAGGUCAAGUGGAACUGCGGGGUCCUGCAGACCGAAGAUCAGGCGGAUAAUGGGUUUACUUUAAAUAAUCACCAGUUUCAGUUCCAUAUGUUCAAUGAUGAAGAUUCUGUCAGCCUUCUUGAAAAAAGUCCGUGCUUGUCAACAUUUAAUGAGCCAUCUGGUCAAAUUAGCACCAAUAGCAAAGUGUCAAAAUCUAAGAGGAAAAGUUCAUCCAGCAAGAAUGUGGGUACAAACCAAAGUUCUUCCCAGAAAACCACCAGGAAAAAAUCUCCCAAAACCAACAAAGGCACCGAGAAGCCCCAAGGGAAGAACUCCAGGCAGGCACCCAGAUCCACCAGGAAGGGGAAGAACGGAGCGGGCCUCAACGGCGAGAAGGCCCAAGCAGGCGGCAGCAGAGCCAUCAACCAGCUUGCUGGCCCGGCCUUGGCAGCCAAGGGGCUUGCUGAGGGCAUUCAGCAUUGUGGCCCAGCCACCGGGAAGCUGGGCAAGCACAACGGCCUGGCUGGAGAGUGGGCUCUGGGGAAGGACAGCAGUGCGGGCUGGUCAGAAACGGGCCUGGGGAACACCACCGGCCUGCUGGAUGACGACCAGAGGGAGUUCGAGGAGCCCUCCAACAUCCUGUCCAACAUCGCCUCGGGGAUGGCAGAUGUCCAGAGGUUCAUGAUGGCCUCCAUCGAGCCCUUGUGGGGGCCCGUAGGCCACAACAGCGUGCCAGACAUAUUCCGGUCACCCGAGUCGAACAGCCUGAAACUGAAAACCCUUAAAAUUCUGGCAGGGACGCCCCAGGAGUCAAAGAAGAAGGCAAACGGCGGCUCGCCGGGAACGGCGAAGAACCACAAGUCGAACAACAAGGGCUCAAGCAAAAACGGCAAAGCUGCUGCCUGCGACCCUGGUCGCCCCAACUGUUCAACUGGGUACAAUACAGACAUUCACUCUCCCUUUUUUGAUAAAAACUAUAGUAACCUGAGCACUUUAGGCAAUAACGGACCUACCCAUAAAAAACUGUACCGUCAUAAAUCGAGUUCUAAAUCACUGAGGGAUGAGAACUGUAAAAUAAAGCGAACAGACCGCGAACAGACCCAUAAGGACCCACCUGUGACAGCUUCUUUUGAGAAACUGAGGGAAUCAGACUCCAUUCUUCUUAAAGCAGAAACAACAUUUUUGGUUUUUCCUGUAUUUGAAGAAGAGACUCCCUUUUCUAGAAAAAAGACGUUUGAUGUUUGUUUCUUUUUUCCGUUUGUUUUUUUCGUUUGUUUCUUUCAAAAUAUGCCUUGUGGUAUGUUGAAAUGUAAGUGCUGAAAUGAAGAGUUUGAAAUUGUGGGAAUUUAUUAUUUGAAAGCGAACCUAAUCUGGUAUUCUCUGUGAAAGACUGUUUUAAAAGUCAUACUGUUGUACAGUAGUUUAUGCACUAUUACCCACAACAACAAAAAAUUGUGCCAAACUAUGAACAAGUGACUGUAUUGUAUAUAUUUUUACUUCUCUAUCAACAUUGGGUUGUGAGUGUUUUCUGCAGCUAUGCCUUUUGAUUUUACUAGAAACAUUCCAGUUAAGUACUAACCACCCCCUUUGAAAGCACCUGUAACUCACGAUGAAAACAAUAUUGUUCACUUAUACAACUUACCAAAAGUUUUAUGGACAUGACUAAAAGUGUGCCAAAUUUACUUACCUCAUUUCAUGGAUUCACCCUGUGGUUUAAAGCUCAUAAAGGAAAAAAAAAAAAAAAGGGAAAAAAAAUGAAAAAAUACAAAGAAAAAAGGAACUUUGAAACUGAUGCUGGGAAAUUGUAUUGUCCUCUCUUUAAAACCACGAGCAGAAAAACAUAAUGGUGAAAUGUUGAGUUUCAUUAUAGGAGAGAGUUGAAAUGGUGGAGGAGUUCAGAAAACCACUCCAGGUAAGUCUGACAGGAAGUCGAGUGUCUGCAUCUAGAGACUACGAAACAGCUGCUUUUCAAGUGUCUGUUUUCUUAAAGCAAAACCUGUAGCUGAAGAGCAUUUGAAAUGCAAGUUACAUUGCUAAUUCUUUGUAUCUCAGUUUUAUAUAUUUUAUAAUAACCUGGGAUAAAUUCUAAAAUAGUUAUAAAAAUGGAACUAAUAUGUUUCAUACAUUUAUUGCUAUUUACUUUUACUUUGAGUAGUUUCUUAAACAUUUUUGAUGCAGAGCCUGUCAAAAGUGCUCUCAUAUCAUAGCUUUGGUGUUUCCUAAAUGUCUAACCUUGCAAUGCCAAUAUAGUUUGAAAUUUUGAAAGCAAAAUCAUUAGUUUUAAAUACAGCUCUGAACCUUUCCUUUGAUUCAGUUCGUAGUGUAAGGAAGAAACCAGAACUAUUGGUGAUGUCACCGAUCAGGGCCGGAUCAUACAUGACUGGACUUUAUUAGACAGCAUUAAGUAUUGAAUGCUAAAUGUAUUAUCAAAAGGCCUUAUUUGUAACCCUACUCACCACACCCUCGCCCUCCAGGAAAAUAACAAAACAAAAAAAAAAAAUACUCAUCUCUUUUCCUUGUGCAACUGAGAGCCUGUGCAUUUUGCUGCUGACUUCUUAUGAAACCUUGAUAUGCAAGAGACCUGCUAGCUGGGAGCUGCUGGGACCGGAGGGGUGUGAGGCUUGGACACACUUAUGCAAUAGGAAGGGGUGAGGAAGAGGAGCCUUAAUACAGCCGGACAGAUUGCUGCCGUGCCUGUGGGCGUAGAGGCGGUGUGUUUCACAGAGGACAUGGCUAGACUCAGUUCUCUGUACAAGCAGGUCGUUUCCAGCCCGUGGCAAAGGCAAAGCAUCAGGAGUGGCUGAACAGGCUAUGUAGGUUCACUUAGCAAAAAAGGAGAGCAAUUCUCAUUGACCACUUGGAAUCGAGACGUAGUCGCCAAGUGUCAAAUUGGCAUCAAAAUGUUCCCAGCAGAUUUUCAGAUCUUGAGGGCCAGCAGUCCCGACGAGAGAGCAUGGCACGGUAACGCAUUUUAUUUAACAGGUGAAGUAAGCACGGCUGGUGCUGCCCGGAGCGAGUCACUCCGGUUAUGGCCAGUCCCUGGGUGGACUGGGAGAUGUUCAGGAUCCGGGAGACAAGCGCUGUGCUGGGACUCCAUCCCUGGGUGUUUGGCUUUCCCCCACCACACUGCUCUCCCUUACAUCCCCCGGAGCUGUCUUUUCCAUCUGUAGUGUCACCCAAGUUUACAAGUCCUGAAUGUGUUCGUGUAGCCAGUUUUUGGGGAGCUCCUCCUGUGUGCCAAAGGGCGAGGGGCUGCUGGCUCCGUGGUUUGGGAUCUGCAGGCUGCUGCUCCUAUGGAGACAGGUCAGGCCUGAAGCUGGGACGCGGCACGUCACUUCUUUUCGACCCAGAACCAUCCUUUGAAAGCACAUUUCCACUGGCCCAUGCUGUGUUCUUCAUGCUGAACAUUUUAACUAUGUGGUCCAUAAAUCAAAAAAUGAUAAAGUACCUUGUACUGAAAUAGAUAGCAAUAUUUAUUGCAUUUGAGAAAUGUGCAAUAGGGCAUGAAUAUAAGGCAUAAAACAUAUUGUAUGUUGAAAACCCAGGAACAACCCGACUGCCGGAUGUUUCAGGACUCUGUUGGUCACAAAUGCCAGCUGCCUUCCUUGUUUCUCUCCUCUCAGUCCUGCUGCUCCAAUUUCUCUGCCAUCUCCGAUUGUCAUCCCGCAUCCUUCCCCAAAAUUUCUGACUGUGGAAAUUUUAGAGACCCCCCAAUCCCUCACGGAGCAACUCUGGCCUUUCUCUGUCUCUGCAGAAGUUAUCCCCCCUGCUGUCUGCUCUCAGACUACCAACACUGGGCGACUAACUUGAGCCAAACAUCAGUCAUCCCCUUUUGGCCCUUAUCUCCACCUGCCUAUCACUACCUCAAGAUUUUAAUCACUUCCACUUUUGCCUCAUUCCUUGCCAUAUAAGCUCAUUUUGUCUGUUUCCCUUUCUUGUCAGGAAUGUUGAAUUUUUGUUUCUCCCAGCCAUGGGGAUGUCUCAUCCAUCCCCUGCCCACUAUCCAGCACCCCAUGGGCUCCCCAUGCCACCCCAUGCUCACUUUGCCUUUUUCCCAUCCCAAAAUUCGUCAUCUUCUCCAAUCACGGUGCACGUCAGCCAUCUUCUUGUCAGACUCCUGGAUGUUCAGGGUGAUUAAUUCAAGCCGCACAAAGAUGUUUAUUCUGCAGCAUCACUUAAGAUGUCUUUUCUACUUGAUCUCGCCCCACUCCUGCUGUAGAGGCAUCGUGCGGAAGGACCCUGACAUGGUCGCGCUCUCCUCUCAAACUGCACCGUGCUGGCACGCUGCAGUUGGGCGAGUUACAAUCAGCAGCAAAAUUAAAAAACAACCGCCUGCAAAGGACGGUCAUGAAAACGGGGUGAGAUCAGACCAAACCAGGGCAGUUUAACGCGACCUUCCUUCGGGGAAUACAUAGCGAGGGCGACGUCCUCCCAAAAGAAACCUUACAGCGAGCCGGCAGCAGCCAGCCCGACCCCGAAGGCCACAGUUUUGCUGGAGGUACUUGCAUAUAGAGGUUUUGUAAAUAGAAAAAUAUCACUGAUGGGGAUUCAAGUAAUCAUUUGAAAAAUAAAAAUAAAAACUUGAUCAGGUUUACAUGUUGCUUUUUUAUUAUUAUUUUUAACAUAAGAGUUGUUGGAGAAUCACGGAUUACAGACCAGGUUUAGCGAGGUAUUUGGUGGAGGGAGGCGAGCGGUGCUGCGCAGCUCUGUCCGGAGAGGAAAGCUGGUUGUUUUAUUUUAUUUUAAUUUUAUUUUAUUUUAUUUUAUUUUUAUUUUAUUUUAUUUUAUUUUUUAAAAACAUUACAGCUCCAAUGAGCCAGGAACCAAAAUAGAGACGUUCUAAGCAUUUUAAUCCCAUACCUGUCGGACCAUAUUCUUUAAGUGAGGGCUCGAUCUAGCAAAGCACUUGGGCAGGAGCGCCCGCUGCCGGGGCCACCGCUCGCCCAGGUGCUUUCCUGGAGCACAGCCUGCCCCCGGCGUGAGCCGAGAGAAAACUCCAUUGAAGUCAGUGUAAGUGAGAAGAGGAUCAGGUGCAUGGACUUCAGUCAGUGCAGGAUCAGGCCCUUGGUCUUACUUUCUCAACUCGGUGUGUUGGACUUUGCCUAUGCAGCUCCCAGGGAGUCCGGUGGAAGUUGCAUGGUUCAAGGCGCUGACAUCUAUUUGAGAAUGUGCCUCUUUAUCUCUUCAGCGUGUAAAAUAAUGCAAAAAAAAUAAUAUAUAGAAUAAACAAAGUACAAUGUCUGUGGUAGAAGCAAGGCUUUUCAAAUCUGUUUCUCAGGUAAACAAGUGACACUAAUGACAGUGGAGUAACAGCCAUCUAAGGGAAUUCGGAUCUAGAAAAGGAGGAUGCCCUCCAUCCCGCAGGAUACUUGGGUUGCCAGACACGUUUACUGAGCCUUUGAACACUUGGUGCAAAAGGAAACAAGAAAUAAAAUUUGUAUUCACCGCUACCCUUCAAUAGAUAGGGAAAAAAAAAAAAAAGUUUCAAAAGCACAAAGGGAAGACUUUAAAAUAAAAUAAAU